AUGUCCAGCUUCACGCCCACCUCCAUGCAGCUGCGCCCCGCCGCGCUGCCUCUCCCCCCGUCGCAGCUCAACGACAGCAAAAAGCACCUCCUUCUCGCCGCCUCGGGCUCCGUCGCCACCAUCAAGAUCCCAGCCAUCAUCACUGCGCUCGCGCGCCACCCGCGCCUGUCCAUCCGUGUCGUCCUGACGGCGUCGGCGGCCGCCUUCCUGGCGGGCCAGUCGCCGGAGCAGCCGACGCUGGCAUCCGUCGCCUCACUGCCCAACGUCGACGCCGUGUACCUGGACGAGGACGAGUGGCGCGAGCCGUGGGUGCGCGGCAACUCGAUCCUGCACAUCGAGCUGAGGCGUUGGGCCGAUCUGCUGGUCGUCGCGCCGCUGAGCGCGAACACGAUGGCGAAGAUGGUGGGUGGUAUUUGCGAUAACUUGCUCCUGUCCACCAUCAGGGCGUGGGAUACGAACGGCGCGCUGGACCCCGUGAGGCUGCCGGCGGCGGAUGGUGCGGGUGAUGCUGACAAGGUGCCGGGGGCGAGGAAAAAGAGGAUCAUUGUUGCGCCGGCGAUGAAUACAGCGAUGUGGGAGCAUCCCGUUACGAGUAAGCAGAUUAGAGUCUUAGAAGAGGAGUGGGGCAUCGCGAAUGGUGGGUGGGUGGAAGUGCUGAGGCCGAUUGAAAAGACGAUUGCGUGCGGAGAUACUGGGAGUGGUGGAAUGAAGGAGUGGAAGGAGAUCGUGGGCGUGAUCGAGGAGAGAAUGGAGCUGAGCAGCGCAUGA